GCUGCAAGUCAGCAACCAGAGCCCACAAAAACAGGUAAAACCCCUCUCGGCCGCUCCUCUCCGCGCCUUUUCCGAUGUCCCCCUCCGCGCCGCCCGCCGCCGCCGCCGCCCACGUCGCGAGCCCGGCUAAAGCGCUCCUCGGGGUUCCUUCAUCCUCGCGCCCUUCUCGCUUCCCCUACGUCUCCAUGUCCGCCUCGUCUUCUCCCCGCGCCCCACCCCUCGUCGCGGCCGCCGGCGGGAGCGGCGCGGCGGCGCCCUCCCUCCUCGCCGCCGACCCAGGCCACCGCGAGGCCGUCCUGCUCGCCGCGCGAGCGGCCAUGGGGAACUGCCUCGGGGAGAUCCGCCUCGACCUCGCCGUCCCGGGGCUCCGCCUCGCCGCCAAGGGCAAGGUGAGGGACGUGUACGAGAGCGGGGAGCACCUGGUACUGGUGACCACUGACCGGCAGAGCGCGUUCGACCGUGUCCUUGCUUCCAUCCCGUUUAAAGGCCAGGUCCUUAAUGAGACAAGUCUUUGGUGGUUCAAUCAAACCUGUCACAUUACUCCAAACGCAGUAGUUUCUUCUCCUGAUAAGAAUGUUACAAUUGCCAAAAGGUGCACAGUUUUUCCAGUUGAAUUUGUUGUGAGAGGAUUUGUUACAGGAAGCACUGAUACAUCUUUAUGGACAGUUUAUAAUAAUGGUGUCAGGAACUAUUGUGGAAAUGCUCUUCCUGAUGGCAUGGUAAAGAACCAGAAGCUAUCUGCGAAUAUACUGACACCAACCACUAAAGCCGCAGAUCACGAUGUCCCUGUCACUCCAGAUGAGAUAAUCAAACCAGGGCUGAUGUCAAAGGAAGAUUUUGAUGAGGCAGGAAGCAAAGCCUUAAGCUUGUUUGCAUAUGGACAGCAAGUGGCCUUAGAGAAUGGAUUAAUUUUAGUUGACACAAAGUAUGAGUUUGGAAAGACAGCUGAUGGGACAAUCGUGCUGAUUGAUGAGGUUCAUACUCCUGACUCCAGCAGAUAUUGGAUUGCUAAUUCAUAUGAAGAUAGAUUUAAAUCUGGUCUUGAACCUGAAAAUGUUGACAAGGAGUUUUUGAGACUUUGGUUCAAGAACAACUGCAAUCCAUAUGAAGACGCGGUUUUGCCAGAAGCUCCGGAAGAGCUGGUCUGUGAGCUUGCCUGGCGGUACAUUUUCCUGUUUGAAACAAUCACAAAUGCAAAAUUUGAGAUCCCAGAUACACAGGAACCCAUUCAUGAGAGGAUAUCGAGGAAUGUCGCUUGGGCCUUACGGGACCUGUAAUUGCUGAUGGGUGAUCCCGGAGCAGAGAUUGCUGAUGGUAAUAAACUAAUAAGAGGUGCAUUUCUGGUACUGAUAUUCCCGCGGUAAUAGUAGCAUGGGCACCAAACGCUAUGGUAUUUCCAUUUGUUGAAAUGGAAAUGGGGUGAAGCCUCAUCUCGGGAAAAAAAUAGUACCAUGUGCACAUGCCAUGCAUCCUUAGUGAAGUGAAGGUUGACAUGACGGCCUGAUGAAGCGAAACUUUCCACAUCUCCACACCUUCCGUGAUGUAAUAUGGUAAUAAAUUCUGUCAGGAUCCAGUUGUGUUGCCAUGCUCUGCUGUUUGCUCUGCUUGGAGCAUGAGAGAAAUGCAACAAGCAUACUUGUAUGAGACGGAGAUGCAGUAUGCAUACCGUUCUUCCUCCAAUUUCCUUGUGGAAGUCGGUGUAUCGUUGUCAAAUGGCUGAAUUGACCAAGUCUUAUUCAUGCUUUAGAACAUACGAGUACUUUUUUUUAACAAAAAAAUGGGCAAAUAACCAUCCAAACAGUUCAGUAUGUUUUAGCGUAACUGGACCUCCCCAAUGAGGAUUCUUUUUCUGAAAAGCAUCUCUGUGGAUUACUGUACCUAUUAUUUGUAUACUACACGACGCUCUGAGUGGUAAGCUUCUCUGACCAUAUCUUCGCACUCUCGUCUUGUCCAUGCCUGUUGAUUUCUACUUUACUUAUAUAUAAAUAAAUAUUUCCAUAGACUCCUUUGGAAAGCAAACCAUGACCCGGAAUCGAGCCGUUGACUUCUGAAGGCUUCCUGAUCUAUAAGGGGAACAGGCAUAUCUCUUCAUCUCUUGCAGUUGAAGCAGCAGCAGCAGCAGUGGAACAGUGGAGCUCCAGCCAUGGCAGAGAAGGGCGUGAAGGUGCUGGGCAUGUGGGCGAGCCCGGUGGUGAUCCGGGUGGAGUGGGCGCUCCGGCUGAAGGGCGUGGAGUACGAGUACGUCGACGAGGACCUCGCCAACAAGAGCGCCGACCUGCUCCGCUACAACCCGGUGACCAAGAAGGUGCCCGUGCUCGUCCACGACGGCAAGCCUAUCGCCGAGUCCACCAUCAUCGUCGAGUACAUCGACGAGGCCUGGAAGGGCGGCCACCCCAUCAUGCCGGCCGACCCCUACGAGCGUGCCCAGGCGAGGUUCUGGGCCAGGUACGCUGAAGACAAGUGCAACCCCGCGCUGUACCUGAUCUUCACCACGACCGGCGAGGCGCAGCGCGAGGCGGUGCGCGUGGCCCAGCAGUGCCUCAAGCCCCUGGAGGCGGCGCUGGAGGGGAGGAGGUUCUUUGGCGGCGACGCCGUGGGCUACCUCGACAUCGUCAUCGGGUGGCUCGCGCACUGGCUGCCGGUCAUCAGUGGCGGACCCAGCUUUUGUCAAGACUAGGGCCAAAAUUUAGCGGCUAAAAUUUGACGGCCAAAAAUACAGUAUGUAUGACAUGAUAACGAACUAUAAAGUAAUAACAAGUCUACCACUAAAAUUCGUUCCCAAAACUAGCAUUCUCGUUGCUAGCUUCAAUUCCUACUCUUACAGUUGCUUGUUCUGGUGGAGUGUGGGUUAGCUCUACAACAGCUACACUAGGCCUGGUUCUCAUUGUUUCUUCUCAUGCAAGGGGAUCAAAUUAGUCCAA